GUAUUAUGGGGGAAAAAAAGACAGCAGCCAAUGAAAACAGUUAAGAUCAAAGAAAAAAUAAAUGAUAAGCAGGCCACGUCUAAUAUAUUAGUGGGCACCAAGAGCAAAUCCAAUGUCCAAUGUAUUAUGGGCACCAAGAAUGAAUUCAACGUCCAAUAUAUUAGUGGGCAACAAGAAUCCAACGUCCAAUAUAUUAUGGGCACCAAGAAUCCAACAUCCAAUGUAUUAGUGGGCACCAAGAAUGAAUCCAAUGUCCAAUAUAUUAAUGAAAACCAAAAAUUAAUCCAACGUCCAAU